AAACGCGGCGCGCGCUCCCGCGCUCCAGUUCCAUUUUCAAAAUUGACCGUACAAAAACAAACAUUGCAGGCACAACUUCAUUCUUAACUUUUGUUCGAAAGUUGAACGAAUGAUGAACGAUGAAUACAUUAUUCCGUACAAUGUCUGUUUCUAUCCAGUGAGGCAAUGAAAUAAUAAAAUGUGUUUUUUAAACGUACUACGUUUACACAUAUCACAAAAUCAGCGUCAAAAGCGGCUAUAUAAGCAAUAUAUGGAGCAGUUAACAGGGGCGUACAUUCAGAAAUGUACUGACCUGACAAUGUGGGAUACAAGAUGUAACUACAACGUCAGCACCCCUGAGUGGAGAUAUCCGAUGCCGCGUGAGGAGUACUGGUUCGAGACAGAUGGGUCCUAUGUAUCCAGCUCUGAUAGUGGUCGUUACUCGUCGCCUUGCUGUUCUGAGGUUAUCUUCAAUGGGGGUCAGCAUUUUAGUGGAAAGGGCCCAGGAUACUUCUGUAAACGGUUGUGUUACCCUGGAAAUUUUGGGAGCGGACGAUUAGCUGUCGAGGGUUGGUGGUGUGGCCGCGCCAUGCCAUCUGGCGGCGCGGGGCCUACAGCUUCCGGGAGCACCGGAAGUCGGGCCAACAACGGAGCCCUAGCGCUGCACUACGCCGCCGCAAGAGGUUGUCUCGAUUGUGUCCGGCUGCUUGCCAACACCACACCAGAUGUCUCUGCAAACACGGCUAUGGACAAUGACGUAACACCGGUAUACCUGGCAGCUCAGGAGGGUCACCUGGCUGUGCUGAAGUAUCUGGUGCUGGAAGCUGGUGGCAGGCUGGAUGCCCGAGCGCGGGAUGGAAUGCUGCCCAUACACGCUGCGGCACAGACUGGCUGUCUGGACUGUGUUAAAUGGAUGAUUGUAGAACGCGGCGUUGAUCCGAACGCUCGCGACGGUGAUGGGGCGACGCCACUCCACUUCGCAGCAUCAAGAGGCCAUCUAUCCACAGUGCGGUGGUUGUUGCGUCACGGCGCGAGGUUACACCUGGACAGACAUGGGAAGAGCCCCAUCAACGACGCCGCCGAGAAUCAUCACUUGGAAUGUCUGAACGUGUUAGUGGCUGCUGGCGCAUCAGGUGACAAUAAGCAGCUGGCAUCAUACAAAACGGUCCAUUCCUGUUCCUGUGCACCGGGAGAGGCAAGGUGCGCCCUACCCACCUGUAUCAACGUAAACACUCGAUCACCAUUCUUCCUGCACGGACCUGAACGCAGAGUCUCUACAGAGCGGAGGGGGUCCGUAUCCUCGACAGUCGGAUCCAUCAGCUCAGCUAGAUCAGGACCUGCUGACGGGCUCUACGUUAAUCCCAUGCAACGCACAGCAAACACUCAACACUGCUCUUCAGGAGAGGAAAGUUCAGCAUGUUCAGCAUCAGACCCAGAUUCAGCAGCCCGUGGCUGGUUCCUUCAUGGCUCCAACAAUACCUCGGGAGCGCCAGCUGCGCUUUAUCAGCGAGUUAGGGACUUGUUCCACACACGUUCUCCUGGGCCCAGGGUACCGGCUGAAGGACAAGAGGCACCUAUAAUGACAGUAAAAGCUGAAAUACAUGGCAAUAAAGAAGUGCCAGCAACUCAAGAAACACAGGAGCAUACUGAUAGCGACAGUGGUGCAGAGGCAAACCGACGUGACCAUCACUACGAAGAUAUCUAUUUGGCGAGAGAAGAACAACAGAGGAGAAGGAGCAGUUCCCGUGACUCCGGGAGUCACAGCCGGCCUGGCAGUGCUGCUUUGGUUGUCGACUACGAGACCAAAGACAACAACAAUGACACAUCAAACAAGAACUACGAGGAAGUGUCGCCGCCGGUCUCCGAGACGCAAACCAAAUCAACAAUCGCCACUAAGCUUGCUGCGCUCACGCAUAAAGCACAGAACUUUGCAAGUCGCCUUUCUUCCGGUGGAAGUCGACGACCUUCCGUGUCUGACGAGAUCAUCAUCACCGCGUCGGCUUCAUCGGGCGUAUCAUCCGGGGGGAGCUCUGGUGAUGAAGCACCGCCGCCUCCGCCACUGCCACCGCCCCCUGCUGUCCUCGAGGAGCCAGCUCUCAAGCCCUCGGAACUCAGGAAUAGAUUAGGCGCAUGCGCACGCCGCGGCUCGCAGUCGGACGACGAGCGCCCACGAGGCCCCAACCUCGUGAACAAGCAUCCCGCGCUCCCCUUCGUGCCUCCAGCCUUCCCCCACAACGCCCCCGACAGCCUAAUCAAACCCUCCGAAUAUUUAAAAACCAUCACGGCGCCCUGCAAGAGGGAUGACGCGGCGGAGGCUCGUCCUCCGCCGCCCCCGGCUCCAGAACCUAUCCCCCCACCGCCUCCACAACCUCCCCUAGUCCACCAACCCCUGGCAGCAAUCAGCACCGCUGAACUGACAUCCGUGCGGCUCAAGACGACAGCAACAAAAACGUUAUCAGCGCCGGCACGAUCAGUCAGCCUUCAGUGUCUGUCAACGGCUGUGGAUUUCAAAGCCGCGAAGACGGACCUUAUUGAGGAGCUGAAACUGUCAAAGGAUAUAACUGGCAUCAGGAAGCUGAAGGUGGAACGAGCUAGGAGGGAGAGUCUGCAGGAUAAGGAGACCUUCACGGAGUUCACCAAACGCUUCACUGCCGAUAGCUUUGUGGAUCAGAUCCCGGAGAGAGAUGCAUCUGGCAACGUUAUACCUGCGUGGAAGCGGCAGAUGUUGGCACGGAGGGCUGCCGAGAAAGCGAAGAGAGAUCUGGAAAGAGAGUUGGCGGGCGAAGCAGAGAGACGGAGAGCUGCAGCGGUGCCGGCAUGGAAGAGACAGUUAUUGGCGAGACGUGAGGAAGCAGAAAGCAGAUUGAGACAAUCACUGUACACUCCUAAAGUGGAGGAAACCAACGGAGAGUGGAGGGCGUACCCGGGCGGUGGUCGCGCAGUCUCCAUCGACAACAUCACGCUGUGUUACGACUCACCCGCGACUCCCGCCCGCGCACCCUCCGAGCUCAAGCUGUCCACGGAACAAUGCAACGGCAACAGCAAAGGUCACAUCACAAACGGCAAACACGAAGAGGAGGAAGAGAGGGCCAAAAUAAUUCCAUGGCGGGCACAAUUACGUAAAACAAAUAGUAAGCUAAAUCUCCUCGAGUAAUAACUUUAGUGUUGCUAGGUUAAAAAUGAGUUAAUGCUAUUUUAGUGAGUGUAAUAAUGCUCAUAUUAUCGUCUGUAGAUGUGAAUGUGGCCUAUUAUAUUUUGUAUAGUUUGUAUGUUCGUUUUUUUACAUUAGGUCUGAGUAAAGACUAUAUUACACCUUUCAGAAAAUAAAUAUCAGUGGUAUACCAUAACGAAUCUAUAGAUAUUUGGUUUAAUAUUGUUUUAAAUGCGAAAAUAUUUUACUUUUGUACGUUGGAUUAUAAUCAUCAUUAAUAAUAAAAAAAUGCUCUAAAAUUUGUGCUAAUAUUUUUUUAAAUGUUUGUAAUUUAGUUAGAUACUUAAUUAUAAAUGGUGCUCAAUAUAAAGUUACAUUCCUGUAUUCUAAUUAUGAAUAAUGUAGUAAUAGCACAUUGCAACACAGCAUUUAAGCUGGAAAAUUUAAGGCACAUGAAGAUAUCUAACGUGAAGACUUUUCUUCACUUCACUCUCUCUGUAGAGAAACUUUAUUGUAUUUCUCUAUCUAAUGAUAGAAAAUACUACUCAUGUAGUAUUUUCUUUCUGCUAUUAUUCUACGUUUUCUUUUACAGAAGUAUCCAAUUACAAUUUAUAUUACUUGUAAAUCGUAUUUAACAAUUGUGGUGAGAUAUGUCACCUCACAUUCUUACUUGGAAUGUCAGCGAUAUUGUGUAAUGAGUUGGAUUAGUCUUAAUCAUAUGUUUCGUUAUAUAGAAUUAUCUAUAUAACAAGAUAUUGUACGACAAACCGCUAGUUGCAGAAAGCAUCCAUAAGGUUACUGUUUCAUAAAAUAUAAUACCGUCACUUUCUUUUUCAUUUUGACAGUCAAAUUUAGCAUGUGAUAUUAACUUUAAGAAUGCUUUCUGCAACUAGCAGUAAGAGCGCUUCGCACUACGUCCGAUCCGAAUCCGAAUACCGAUGGUAGUUUACACACUAGAUCCGGCUUCCGUCAUCCGAUUUGUUUACGUCAACCCUUGCAAAUAGUUCUGCGACUACUCCGGACCGUGUUUUCACGGGUACAGAUCGGAUUCGGAUCGAACGGACGUAGUGAGGAAGCGCUCUUAGACCUAUUAAAUGACCGUGACUGAAUCAGUUACAAAGGAUAUUGGUAUUGGCAAACGUCAACUUUCGAAAAAUAGUUGUCGAAAAAUAUAAUAACAAUAAUUCUGUGAAUCUGUUAAUUCUCGGAUCGUAAUAUUCUUAUUCUAUAAAAUUACAAUUCAUUAUUAAAAUCAAAUUUCGUUAUUUUUUUGUUGACUGUUAACAGAAAUAUUUUUGUCUCAUCUCAAUAAUACACAAUAAUGUACCUUUGCAUAGUAUUUUUAGGGUUUAUCUUCCCUUAAUAUUUACAUGUUCUAUUAAUAUGUAGAUAAGUUCCCGUAUCGCAUUCACUGUAAUAUUAUAUAAUAUUUUGUCGUACCAUAUCUUUUUAAAUCUCUAUACAGCGUGGCCCAUUAAUGGCGACAUUAAAUAAACAUACGGGUAGAGCUAUCAAACCUUAAUCGUAAAAAAAUAAUUCUAAAAUUUAAAGUAAUUAAUUCAAAUUUCGAAAUUUUCAAACAAACAAAUUAUAUAUUUAGGAAACAAAAAAUCGAUUUCAAAAACUGAAAUGUAUCAAAUAACCAAAAAUUUAAUAUAAUGAUAUUGAUAGGUUUUAAGUCAGUUUAAAAUUAUAAACAGCUUACUUGCUGUAACUAUUAAAGUUGUCUAGCCACGCGUGUCUGUCCGCUUGGGUUGUUUUGUUCUAGACGAAGCUAUCCCGCUCAAAGUCAAGCAUGGCGAGUGUAGGUACUUACUAUUACAUUUUCCUUGGCACCGACUUCAAAGCUAUUAAUAUGUUGCACAUACAAAUAUUUUUUUAAUAAGUAUUAAGGUAAAGGUGUAUUAAAUAAAAUGUUUAGUUUAGUGUAUUAAAUUAAAUACAUUUCAGUUUUUGAAGUCGGUUUUUUUAAACGUAUUUUAAUUUUUUACACUUUUAGUGUCAGUUAAUAAUUAUAAUAUAUAAUCAACCUGAAUGAAAACUCCUAAAAACUCCGUACAUUUUCAUAAAAAAUGUCCAUAAAAUGAAAACUACUGGGCCAAACUUUGUAAAAUUUUUAUGGGACCAAAUGGCAAAAAUUACGUAAAUCGGAUAAGAAAUCUCAGAGUAAUCGGUGUACAUACAUAAAAAACAUACCGAUCGAAUUAAUAACGUCCUCCUUUUUGAAGUCGGUUAAAAAUUUAAUCACCCUUAGUACGUGUUCGCAUACUACGGCACGUGGUAGGUAUCUGUGCCUACGCAAGCGCGCGGCUACUAGAUUUCUUAAUGUUCCGAAAUGAUAGUAUGGGAAAUAUAUUUAUUUAGUUGAAUUAUGUAUUUUAUUUUUGAAUAUUUUUUUAUGAUAACGGUUAAGUAAUUCUACCCGUGUAUUUAUUAUUAAAGUUCAGAAAUAAAUUGUAUAAUGCUGUUAUUGCUAAGUCUACUAAUAUACAUAAAGAUAAAUUCGAAAUUAUAUAGUGUAAUUAAAAUAUUUCUAACAAGGAAGUGAUACCAUUGUUGCAAUAUUAGUGAGUAAGUAUAACAGCUUCGCAGUAGUACAGUCGUUCAAAUAACAUUCAACGAUUGAUUGCAUCUGAUAGUUAUUUAAUUGACUGUUGUGUUUAUAUUUUUGUAUGAAAUAAUAUAUUGUUGCUUUAA